AUGUCGGACGUCGUUAUGGAAGAAGGUCGCAAUGACGAUUUAUCAUCACUUGCUAAGCUUGGUACUAAACAACGAAUCGAGCAGGCAAAAGUUAGAGCAGCUGAACGAAGAGCUCGUGAAGCUGCAGCAAGACGCGUGGAACAAGCUCCCACAACACCAUCCCGGUCACCAUUUCCCGCAUCGCCUUCCAUCACAAAUUCUUUGCCAUCUACUUCCAAUCAUGCAUCGACAGCAAGCCUUUUUCUUCGGUCACCGACUACAAAUCAUGAACGCGUUGAGCGGGCUAAAACACUCGAGGCACUCUCAAAGAAGAUCGAUGCGGCGGGAAACUUUAAGCUUCAGGAACUGAUCAUGAACAUGAUCUUGAAAUGUCCAGGAGGAAAAGAAGUUGCGGAAUCCUUUUUCCUAACGAACGGCGUGGAGGACAACAACGAAGAAGACGGUGAAAAUAAAAGAGAUGAUACGGCGCAAUUAGAGGACGCAGACGUGCAAACUACCAAUCACGUGACACAUGCCCGCGAUCAUGGCGCGAGUGCUACUUCAAACGUGGACCAAAAUCGAGGGGAUCAGUUCGAAACUGAAGCAGGCUCUGGAUCUCCAGCGAGGGUAGUGCUAAAUCGGCAAAUUGGUGAAGCAAAUGCCAGGCAAGAAUAUGAUUCAUCACGUUUACAUCCAACUCCUUCUUCAGAGGACAGCUCGAUAUUGCACAAUGACGAGGCAGCCUAUCAAUCAAGUAUCCUGGAACGGAGAAGUCGCUCUGAUUCUGUGGACUCGCAAAGCUUAGUCGACAGGCAACUUCUACCCAUUCUCAAUAGUAAUUCAAAGAAAGACCCUGGAACGAUCGAUAACGUAGGAUUGCAAGCAACCUCGAUAAACACAACUACGGAAGCGCUUCAUACUUCGAAUAGUGGCACAAUGAAAGAAAUUGUGUCCGGCACAGAUAUUUCGAAAGCGCUAAACACUCUUCUCAGUAGCGUUGCCAACGCACGUGGAAUAACUGUCAAUGAUAAUUCUACGAGCGCGACUCCCCAAUUCUCGACUCCUGGAGCAAGCGAGUCUGUUACGACUUCAGUAACGACUGAUAGACCGCAAGAUGACAUAAUUCAAUUAGCCAAUGAUAUUUCAGUCAAAUACCUCGCUUUAGCUCGUGCUUCUGGUGUCGCCAAUUUUCCUUACGAUCAACUUGCAAGUAUCGGAGCUGGAUCUCCACGCGAUGUAUCUACUAAAGAGUUUUCGUUUGAAGCGUUCAACAAUCUUGUUGACAGUUUUCGGAGGAACAUUAAAUCAAUGCAUGAAGCUCAUGCGAAAAAUGAGAUCCUGGGAAAUAUGAGCCAAGAAGUGCAGGAGGAUUUCAGUGACACUAGUGAUCUGGGCAGUCCUGUUCCUAUCGAUAUGAAUGGUCAGGAGCUGGAUGGCAAUUUAGUUCGUACAGGCGGCGCCAAUCCGGGCGUCGAAAAAACUACGGGCACAGCAGAGUCAACGGACAGCGAGGAAGAUGAACAUGAUUUCCUAGACAACAUGCCAAGUAGUCAUUACAACUGCGAUAGUUGUCGAAAGCCAAUCGUGUUACCUGAAGGUUCAAUUGUUAGUCCGAUGCGUCCAGCACCUACCACAUGUCUGCACUGCAAGACUCGGAAAGCUGCGGGGAUCACACGUAGAAGACUGGGGGUUGGAUCUCGAUCAAGCAUUGUUACAGAAUCUUCCAUUUCAGAAAUAAGCAAUAGACCUUCACCUGAUCAAGUUGAUGAACCUGUUACAGAGACUUUAAUUCAAUCUUCGAGACUUGUUGCCGAGACAUCGGCGCCACUCCCUGAGCCUACCUCGAAACCACUCCCAGAAUGUCUUCCAGAACCGUUACCAGAGCCACUACGAAAAUCACUACCAAAUCCAUUACCAGAACCAUUACCGGAACUACUCUCGGGAUCACCACGGGAACCAUUCAUAGAAAACAUAGAGCAGCUUUCGAAUUCAAUAGAAAUUGAAGACGACGAUUCUUGUGAAACGACUCGGGACUCUGGGUUAGGCGAUGGAGGCAAUGUAAAACAGGAGCAUCAUAGAAAUACUUUUACCGUUGAGCUUCCGGGAUGGCCCAGUUCUGCAAGCCCAUGUCUUCCCGCGAAUCAACUUUCAGCUAACAGCCAAAUAUCACCAAAGGGCAUGAAGCGCAAGGUUGAGUACAUAGAGGGCGAAGCUAUCUAUUCUUGUCCUAUCGGCCCGAAACGACGUCGCGGCAGACCUUUGAAGAAUUACCAUGCAAUUGUUUUAGACUCUUCGCCAGCAAGUUCUUCUCAAGCUUCGACACCGACUUCACGCCAAAGUUCACAAGUGGGUCUGAGUGGCAAGAAACGAGGCCGUCCAUUUGGAAGUAAAAACAGGGUCAAAUCAGAAACAAUAGAUCACAAUCAGCCAAUGGAUAGUACAGGAACAAUCAGGCCAACGGGCCAGCGUCAAUCUGCUAAGAAAACUCGGGAAGUUCUACGCGAUAUAUUUAACAAGGAAGCAGAAUUCAUGGAAGACGCGACAGUCCGGUCUGGAAUACCAACACAGAUCCAGACUAAUUCUCGUUUGGCCACUAGUUCUGUAAUUCUAGACUUGCAGGAACCCUCUGACCGUGUCGUUCCAACAAAUAGAAGGGCUCGGCGAGAUUUAGAUCCUGAUUACAUGCCAACAUGGGAAGCAGAAGUUGGAAGCGACAUGAUGUCAAAUGGUGAUUCAAGUUCGUCUUCCUUCGGUGGUGCAGUAUCGAACAUCAGCAACGACGGCGGCGCAAUCGAUAAUACUUUGACCGGAUCUUUGGAGGAAAAUGCAAGGGAAAGCGGGACUCAUAAUCCCCAGAGGAGAAGCUCUGAAGAUGGUGCUGAGUUCGGGAAAUCUUCGCAUCGUUUAGAUAUGGUUGUCGGGAGACAUCAUAGAGAAGUUCCUGUCUCUCAGAGCUCGACCUUGGACCAAGAGCAAUCUCGUGUCCACCGACCCAUGCAUUCGAACGGCUUUUAUGGUAACGAAAGUUUACAACCUGGAAGAGAAAUUUUCUCAGGAAGAACAUUUCCUGGAGAGCCACUGACUGAUAACUCAUCAUCUAGCACAUUUCCUGUAGACAGGUUGCCCUGGAAUGCAUUCAAUCAAGACCCGGAUCUGACUGCAUUACCUGCCUCUUCGCCAACUGUCCAGAGUCUGCAACAACAAGCUCCAAUGGCUUGCCGCGGAAAACGAGCUUGCAGACGCAAAUGUAAAUGCGAAAAGAAACAUCGUCUCCGGAGAAAGCAGGAGCGAAGAAGGCAAAAUAAACUUUUAGCCAAGAAUCGCGGUGGCAAAAAUAGCGUCAAAUGA